AUGGAGUGGUCCGCAGCGCGCGCGCCGGUCUGGCAGUUGGGCCAAGUCACCGCACAUUUUGGAUGUGAUAACGUGGCGUCACCAUCAGUUUACAUGCUCGCGGUCGGGGCUCCGUCGCGCGUCCUCGCGCCCCGGCGCGCGCCGCGCGGCGCCGUCCGCCGCGCCGUACCCGCGAAGAAGCCGCCGCUCGUCAUCCGCGCCGCGAGCCACGGCGACGACGCUCCCGCGGAUGCUUCCGCUCGUCGUCCGCGCCUCGUCGACCCAUCGAACGAAUCGAAGAAGCGCGUGACGACGACCGGGGCGAAAAGGGCUGUCGAGACCUGCGUCGCGUGCGGCGGCGUCGGCGUCGUCGAGUGCCGCGCGUGCGGGGGCAAGGGCACCCUCGCCGCGGGGGGCUUCCACGCCAAGAACCACGUGGACAUGGCCAACGUCGUGGGCACCAAUUGGACCGCGCACAGGCGCACCAAGGGAUGGCGGCACUUCGAGUGCAUCGGCAAGUCCCCCGCGGACAAGGCGAACGGCAAACCCCGCGCGUCGGUGCACCUCGCCGCCACGUGCGACAGGGACGUCACCGUGUGGGUCGACGUGAAGGAGCUCAAGGACCGACACCUGUGGAGCGCGGGGUGGAAGCAGCGAGAGGACCUCGACUGGAUCGGGGACCCCGACCAGCCGGGAGGGGCCGUCGCCGUGCCAAAACCAGGCGCCCCGUGCGUAGCGUGCGACGGCGAGGGGCGGGUGCCGUGUCAGCGGAGGGGGUGCGUCAACGGCGCUGAACGGGUGCGAAAACAGAGGGAGGUGAUCGAGCGAACCGAGCGGACGUUCAAGAAGGUCAUCAAGGCGACGCGAGGGGAGGGGACGGAGGGUGAGGCGGGUGAGGCGGCGGCGGAGCUGCGAAGGCGGAUGAAGCGGCAGCUCAAGGACAUGGCCAAGGCCAAGCCCGGCGGGAGGGCGGGCAGGGACCGAGGCGACACCGUUUCGAGGGGCAACAACGGGAACGGGGAGGAGGACUGGGGCGCGUGGGGCCGGAGACGAAGGGACGAGAAGCUGGAUAAGUGGAUGCGAGCGGGCGCCGUCCCAGACGAGGAUUGGCCCGAGGAUGACGAGAAAAAGCCGAGGUCGCGUCGCAGAGAGCGGCGACGGAGGGGGCGCGACGCGGGCUGGGACGAUCAGCAGUGA